AGACAAACAAAAAACAAAUUCAAAUCCCAUUUACAGUAGAAAUGAGUGUUUGUUAUGAAGUGUUGAUUCAAUUGGUGUCCCGUUUUUGGCCAACACUUCAAUGCAAUGCCAGAAAUGAUUGAAUCACUGUCGGGAUGUCGUCCACCGCUCGUACCGUUUGCCUAGACUUGGAUGCGUUGACUGACGACGAGUUGACCACCGAUUGCGAAGAGGAAGACACUGUCGACGACAGCAGUGCCGACGCUAUGAAGGCGUCCGAUGAGGUUGUGGUCAAACAGGAAACCGAAGACUAUAUGAUAAACACGUGUAAAGUGAGUGACAACGAGAGGACUGACGGCCAGGACUUUGAUCUAAACUUAAAGCCGAAGAGUGAGUCCAAGAAUGAGACGACCGAAGCGACCACUGAUACCCGAUUCAGGAAACGUGUCUUUGACUACAAUCUGAUUGACAAGAGAACAGGGGUUCGGAUGUUCGACAAGAAGUCGUUGGCUUUGAUCGAUAGACCGACCGAUGAGGUCGAGAGUAUUGUACGGCACGUCUGCUUUCACUGCGAGAAGAGAUAC